CAAAAGUAAAUAAGGAAGUACCAUCCAAUGCACAUGUACUGGGUUUAUUAAUCAAAACUGGAAUAUUUAUACUUUAUUUACUUUAUUUAUUCAUUAAAUAUGUUUAUUACAUUGAAUGGCAUUGAAAUGUGAUACAUUUUUUUUUAUAGAAUGAUUCAUUUAAACAUUAUGAAAUUAGAUUAGAAUAUGGAUCGAUUAAAUCGUCUAAAUGGAAUACAUCAACGAGCAUUCUCAUUACCACCAGAUAAUUAUCCAUAUAAAAUAGAACCUAUUUCAAUGAAUAAUACAAAUAUACUAUUUAAUAAAUUAAAUGAUAAUCAUGUCAAUCAUGUAAAACAUCAUCAUGAUUCAUUUAUUUCCAAUGAUAAUAAACAAGAUCCAACAGAUAGUGAAUUAAUAUUACAAGAAACAUUUAAUAAUUUCGAUAUGAUAACACGUCAAUUUAUGGGAUUAUCAUCUAGUUUAAAUAGUUUAAAUACAGAUGAUGAUAGUGGUUAUGUUCAUACAUCAUUUAGUAAUCAUAAUCAAUUAAUUGAUUCUAUUUAUUCUAAUACAAAUACUACUAAUACUACAACAUCGGAAGAUUCAAGUAGUAUAAGUGUGAAUAAUAAUACUAAUAAAGAUGAAUUAUUAUUAGUUAUGAUUGAAGAUUUAGUUGAUUGGUUUAAACAAAUGUAUCCAACUAUGACUAAUGAAAUGAAUUCAGAUAAUUUUUUUGAUUAUUUAUCCGAUGGUAUUCUAUUAUGUCAUCAUGCAACUGAAUUACAUCAUCGUUUAACUUUAGAAACUAAUCAAUCAAUUAAUCAUUCUAAAUCUAACCCAUUACAUAAUAUACGUAUUAGUGGUAUACAAGUUACAUUACCUAAAUCUAGUCCAAUUUAUCAAAAAUAUGAAUAUCAUCACCAUCAUCAUCAUCAUCAUCAUCAUCAUCAUUCAUCUAAUGCGAUCAUCAGUUUUAUAUCACGUAAUAAUGUAUCGAAUUUUUUACAAUGGUGUCGUCAACUUGGUAUGUAUAAUUCAAUCUUAUUUGAAAGUGAAGAUUUAGUAUGUAAAAAAAAUCUACGUAAUGUUAUUGUAUGUUUAUUAGAAUUAGCACGUCUUGGUAAUUAUAUUCAUAUGUGUAUACCAGAUAUUGUUAAAUUAGAAAUUGAAAUUGAUAAACAAUUAACUAAUGAAUUUAAUCAAUCAAUUAAUCAAUAUUCAAUCAAUUCAAACAAUCAUCAUCAAAAAAUCAAUAAUAAUAAUAAUAAUAAUGAUGAUAAUGAUAAAAAUCAAUCAACUUAUUAUCGAUCCAAUUGUUCAAUAGGAUUACGUAAACAACAACAACAACAAGAUAAGAACAUUUCAAUGAAUAAAACUAAUCAACAUCCAUCAUUAGAUUGUAAUAAUAAUAAUAAUAAUAAUGUGAAGAAGGAGAAACAAAAACAGGAAUUACAACGUCCAGUUGUUGAUUUUCGUUCAUUAGAUGAAUUAACAAUCUUUCUUUUAUAGAUUACUACGAUUGAAGUGACUACUUCUAUUAACUUGGUGUCCAUCUUGUUGUGCUAAUGAGGUACGGCAACUUGGACCGGUCUAAUCCACAAGGCAGUGGAGUAACGUAAGGAGAUGCAGUCUCAUGGUAGCUGGCGACCAACAAUACGUUUAUACGCCAUUUUUUCCCUCAGGAUCCUGGAGUCCAUGUUCACCACUGAUUUGAAACGAGGGUUUUCCAACUCAUCUAGGUGGACCCUCCAUAUCCAUCAACCUGGUUAAAGCACCGGACGUCCGCUUUCCCCACUCUCAAUUUCGUAGACAACACUCCUGCCACGAGAAGGUAGUGAGCAGGAUGCACAUUAAUUAGAUAAAAAAUAUUUUAGCUGGAAUGAAAAUCAUUUCUCACAUCAUAGCUUCAAUCUUUAAUGACAAAAUAUAUAAGAAGAUCGUUGAAGACAAUUUGGAAGUGAUUUUUUUAUUAUUGAUUUUAUACAAUUACAUUCCUUACCCUUAAUACUUUAAUCUGAUUGUCGAUUUUUAGCAAGAUUUUUU